ACAUACACCUGCUCGUCCUCCUGAUAAGAGAACCGCCAUUUUGGGUUGCAACCUUGAGCUUUCCCCUCAGCUCCAUUCCACCUCAACAGCCAACGAUCGUGACCACAAGGGCAUCGCCGAGGGCACCGCGCUGCCCGUCGAGGUGAUGCCCAAGUUCUUUGCCAAGAGUGGCUUCGCAGACACAGACCCCAAGAAGAUCAAGAAGGACGGUGGUGGUCGAGGCAACUGGGGCAGCUACGGCGACGAUAUUGCCAACGAGAACUUCACCUUUGUCAACCCCCGCCGCCGCUCCAACAGCUUCUCCAUGUCCCACCACGUCAACGACUUUAAGACAAAGUUUGAGGUCCACGAGCCCGAGCCCGUCUUUGAAGAGGCGCUUCACGGCCCCAUGCAGGAUGGCGAGAAUCUGGCCAAGACAGAUUCCUCAGAGAGCGGGCGAUCCACGGACUAGAUCCUGGCCUGCGGUCCCCCCUAGACCCCGCGUAAUGAAUUCAAAUGAGAGGCAUGGCAUGUAUUGGCAUUGUGAGGAGGACUAGCAAAGGGGCAAGGGGAUCUGUAUCAUUGUAUCAUCACGUAUUCAGCCACCAAAGGCCACGACCUAGCUACGAAUGGAACUCGAUGUGAAAUCGAGACACUUUUUUGACAAAUCGCUCGACUAUUCUUCCAAGGUGCUUCCACCGCAGGCUUUCGACACAGUGCCCUCAAGUUGUGUCGGGCACAUUUACCCGGUGAUCUACGCUACGGGUUUCCAUACUCACUUCUGGAUAGCUCACUCACAGGAAUCCUCGAUGGGUUACAUGAUGGAUACGUAACUCUGCGUAUUUGUGUUGCAGUUGCAGGUCAAUGUCACCACCAUCUCGUACUAAUACUCGAAAACGCGCC